CUCUCCGCCCUCCGCAGCGCUACGGACCCAAGAUGGCCGCCGUGUCAGUUUGGGUCUUCGUUGCCGUCUGGCCUGAGGCGCCCGGGCUCCGCCUCUCGUAGGCCCCGGUGCACAGUUUGCCUGUCAAAUUGGGAAUUACCAAGCAGUGGAAUGAAAUGUAUUGAUACCUUUUUACUUGUGUGGAUACGUUUUUUUUUCCCAUCCGGGUUGGGCUUUUUUGGAGGGGGAGGCUAUUGGAAAACCGUGAACCAGAAGUAGGAAAUACUGAUGUUUGUAAAAAACAAGAGCAAUUUGGGGCCAAAAACGCAUAUGCUAUGAUUAACUGGUCCUCUUUCUCCGAUCUUCUGUUUUCCCAUUGUGUGAAACUCCUUCAGCAUAGGGAUAAGGGAUAACGACUCUAUGGAUAUAAAGAAUUUUUCACCAUGGUAAAACUCGCUAACCCGCUGUACACGGAGUGGAUUUUGGAGGCAAUUAAAAAGGUCAAGAAGCAAAAACAGCGGCCAUCCGAAGAGAGGAUAUGCAAUGCCGUCUCUUCAUCCCACGGUUUGGAUCGCAAAACUGUCCUGGAACAGUUGGAACUGAGCGUUAAAGAUGGGACUAUUUUAAAAGUUUCUAAUAAAGGACUUAAUUCCUACAAGGAUCCCGAUAACCCUGGGCGAAUAGCACUUCCUAAACCACGGAACCAUGGAAAGUUGGAUGGUAAACCAAAUGUGGACUGGAACAAACUGAUCAAGAGGGCAAUUGAGGGCUUGGCAGAGUCUUCUGGGUCAUCUUUGAAGAACAUUGAGCGUUACUUGAAAGGGCAGAAGGAUGUCUCAGCUUUGUUUGCCAGUGGUGCCCCUUCUACCUUUCAUCAGCAGCUGCGGUUGGCCAUUAAGCGUGCGGUUGGCCAUGGGCGACUCCUUAAAGACGGACCUUUGUAUCAGCUCAACACGAAAGCAGCCACACACGCAGAUGGGAAAGAGAGUUGUGAGUCUCUUUCUUGUCUUCCUCCGGUUUCACUGCUUCCACACGAAAAAGAUAAGCCAGUUGCUGAACCAAUCCCAAUCUGCAGUUUCUGCCUUGGUACAAAAGAACAAAACCGAGAAAAGAAACCUGAGGAGCUCAUCUCUUGUGCCGAUUGCGGCAACAGCGGUCAUCCAUCCUGCUUGAAGUUCUCCCCAGAAUUAACCGUUCGGGUGAAGGCCUUACGAUGGCAGUGCAUUGAGUGUAAAACCUGCAGUUCCUGUCGAGACCAGGGCAAAAAUGCUGAUAAUAUGCUCUUUUGUGACUCGUGCGAUCGGGGCUUUCAUAUGGAGUGUUGUGAUCCCCCUUUGACCAGGAUGCCAAAAGGCAUGUGGAUAUGUCAGAUAUGUCGACCACGUAAAAAAGGAAGAAAACUACUCCAAAAGAAGGCAGCACAGAUUAAGCGACGUUAUGCCAACCCAAUAGGACGUCCCAAAAACAGAUUAAAGAACCAAAAUGCAACAUCAAAAGCCCCCUUCAGCAAAGUUCAGACAGGACCCGGUCGGGGUCGUAAGCGUAAGACCCCCUUAUCCAGCCAGUCAACUUGCUCAUCGGAUGGGGGUUACUUGGACCAAGUUGAUGGUCUGGAGUUCUGCGGCGAUGCGAGCAUCACCUUGAAAUUCAACAAGAAAACCAAAGGGCUUAUCGAUGGCCUUACCAAAUUCUUCACCCCGUCCCCCGAUGGGCGUAAAGCUCGAGGAGAAGUCGUGGAUUACUCUCAGCAAUAUAGGAUCAGGAGAAAGGAAAAUAGGAAAUCAAGCACUUCAGAUUGGCCCACAGACAAUCAGGAUGGCUGGGAUGGAAAACAAGAAAAUGAAGAGUGGCUUCUAGGAGGCCCAGACGUCAUGGCGGAGAAAGAUAUGGAGUUGUUCAGAGACAUCCAGGAGCAAGCAUUGCAGAAAGUAGGAGUGACGGGGGCACAUGAUCCCCAGGUCCGCUGCCCAUCAGUCAUCGAGUUUGGAAAAUAUGAAAUCCACACCUGGUAUUCUUCUCCAUAUCCCCAAGAAUAUUCCAGGUUGCCCAAGUUGUACAUUUGUGAAUUCUGUCUCAAAUACAUGAAAAGCAGAACUAUUCUCCAGCAGCACACGAAGAAAUGUGGUUGGUUUCAUCCCCCAGCCAAUGAAAUAUACAGAAAGAGUAAUGUCUCAGUUUUCGAGGUGGAUGGCAACGUCAGUACUAUUUACUGCCAGAACUUAUGUCUAUUGGCAAAACUCUUCCUGGACCAUAAGACUCUGUACUAUGACGUGGAGCCAUUUCUUUUCUAUGUGCUAACGCAAAACGAUAUGAAGGGCUGUCACCUCGUCGGCUACUUCUCCAAGGAGAAGCACUGCCAGCAGAAAUACAACGUCUCCUGCAUCAUGAUUCUUCCCCAGUACCAACGCAGGGGCUACGGCAGAUUCCUCAUUGACUUCAGUUAUCUCCUCUCAAAACGUGAAGGCCAGGCAGGAUCCCCGGAGAAGCCGCUGUCUGAUUUGGGUCGUCUUUCCUACAUGGCAUACUGGAAAAGUGUAAUCUUGGAGUGCCUUUAUCACCAAAACGACAAGCAGAUCAGCAUCAAGAAGUUAAGCAAACUGACCGGCAUCUGUCCUCAAGACAUCACCUCGACCCUCCAUCACCUGCGCAUGCUUGAUUUCCGUAACGAUCAAUUUGUGAUUGUUCGGCGGGAAAAACUUAUCCAAGACCACAUGGCGAAGCUGAAACUGAACACCCGGCCUGUAGUCGUGGACCCAGAAUGUCUGCGCUGGACCCCGGUCAUCGUCUCAAACUCGGUGGUUUCCGAGGAUGAAGAGGAUGAUCCCGAAGAGACAGAAAUCGAGGUCCCACCGCAGUUGCGGGAGAGAGACAUUGAGGUGAUAAAGUGCGUCUCCUGGGAGAGGAAAGAGCGAGAGCCUUGCUUUCCACUGGAGAGUGAAACCAAGCCGGAGGUUCUCCCGGUCAACCCCCUGCGAUCUGGCAAGCAAAGUCUUCCCCUCAGCGGUCUUCCCGCCAACAGCCACACGCCGCGCAGGGGCCGGUGGAGCCGCAAGAACAAAAAGCUGCGGGAAUCCUUUACCGAGAAGGACCCAAAGCUGACCUUGGAGGAGAAGUCGGCAAUGGCCAGGGGCGGCCGAUGCGGCGAGUGCCAGGAAAAGGCGGCGGCAGCGGCGGCGGCAGCGGCGGUGGUGGUGGCGGCCUCUCGAGGGAGGUUUGCCGAGUGCGAAGAGAAGGCGGCGCCCUCCCAGGGACAGUGUGGGAAAUGCGAGGAGAAGGCCCCGACUCCCCGAGGGCACUUUGGCAAAGAGGAAGAGAAGCCGGCCUCCGCCCAGGGGCCCUUUGGCAAAGGCGAGAAGGCCCCCGUCGGCCAGAGGCGGUGCAGCGAAGGCUUGGAGGCCUGGAAAGGGCAGAUGAAAGCCCUCGAGCCCCUGAAAAGCCGGCUCUCGGAGCAGUGCGACCGGCUAGCCCGGCGACACAGCGACGGGGACCGCACGGCGCUCAGGCACUUCAGCGAGAGCAGCGAAGACGAAGAUGAGGAGCCUGCCAGCCCCUGCUCCAGCUCCCCACCGGUUCUCACCAAGCCGGCGUUGAAGCGGAAGAAGCCCAUUCCCCGGAAGAGACGAGUCCGUAAGCGGAAACACCACAACAGCAGCGUGGUUACCGAAACGAUCUCGGAAACAACGGAAGUCCUAGACGAGCCGUUUGAGGACUCGGAUUCCGAGCGGCCCAUGCCUCAGCUGGAGCCCACCUUUGAAAUGGGAGAUGAGGAGGAGGAGGAGGAGGAGGAAGAGGAAGAAGAGGAGGAGGAGGAGGAAGAGGAGGAGGAGGAGGAAGAGGAGGAAGAGGAGGAGGAGGAAGAAAGCGAAUUGUUCUCUCGGGGAUAUCUCCGCCGUCUCUCUCCACAGGAUUCCCUGAGGCAUAGGCCCCCCUUAAAGAGAGGAAGUCAGGAAGAAGAGGAAUCCGAUGAUAUGGCCGAUUCUCCUACUUUGAAACCCGUUUCCUUGCUGAGAAAAUGCGAAUCACUGGAUUCUCCACUCCAGCCUGGCACUUCCACCCCCAUGAAAAAGAAGAAAGGCUGGCCCAAGGGCAAGAGCCGUAAGCCCAUUCACUGGAAGAAAAGGCCCGGGCGCAAGCCAGGCUUUCAACUGAGGAGGGGGAAAGUCCGAGCACCUGCUUCAGAGGAGACCACCGAUCUCAUGGAACCUUGCUCCAAAUCAGGGCGUAAGACGAAAGUGCAAGACGAGGAAGAGCUGGCUGAGGAGAAGGAAGAACUUCUGCCCAGUGCUGAAGAAAGGAAGGAUGAAGAUGGGCCUCCGGAAGUUGGCGAUUUAGGAGAAGAGGAAGAUAUUAUGCCUGCUAGAGAAGCGAGGGUAACAUCACCCGUAGACAGCAGCAACAGCCCAGAAAUGGACUCUAAAGAGCCUGAACUGGAGGAAGACGUGGAGAAGCCUCAAGUCCUCGAAGACCAGAGGCCGCCGUCCGAAGAAGAGCAGCAGGACGCGGAGGAACCCGAGCAUGACCAGGAAGAGGAAGAAGAGGAAGUGGCCGCUGUCGCCAACCAGCACGAAGACCACGAUGCUGACGACGAAGAAGACGAUGGCCACCUGGGCUCGGUCAAAAAGGAUGAGCUGGAAGAGCAGGCUGAGAAGGAAGGGCUGAAGGAAGACCCCGAAGUCCAGGAGCCUUUUUUAGAAACAAGCACACAGGACGAUAGAGAAGAGGACGCCAAGAACAAGAGCGAAGGCGAGGGCAAUUCCGAGGAGGAUGCGGUGUCCCACGAGACGUCGGUCGGGUCAGACCCGGUUCCCGUCUCGGAAGACGAUCCAGAGGAAGAGCAGCACCCCAAGGAAGGGCUGAUGGAGCUGAAGGAAGAUGAGCCGAUCCCUCACAGUGAACUGGACCUCGAAACGGUCCAGGCCGUGCAGUCCUUGACGCAAGAGGAAGACAACCACGAGCACGACGUGGCUUAUCAGGACUGCGAGGAGACGCUGGCCGCUUGCCAGAACCUGCAGAGCUACACCCAAGCCGAGGAGGACCCCCAGAUGCCGAUGGUGGAGGACUGCCAGGCCUCCGAACACAACAGCCCCAUCUCCUCGGUCCAGUCUCACCCCAGCCAGUCGGUGCGCUCCGUCAGCAGCCCCAGCGUGCCUGGUGCCCUGGAGAGCAGCUACACCCAGAUCAGCCCCGAGCAGGGCUCCCUGUCGGCCCCUUCUAUGCAGAACAUGGAGACCAGCCCGAUGAUGGACGUGCCUUCGGUGUCGGACCAUUCCCAGCAGGUGGUGGACAGCGGCUUCAGCGACCUGGGCAGCAUCGAGAGCACCACGGAGAACUACGAGAACCCCAGCAGCUACGACUCCACCAUGGGGGGCAGCAUCUGCGGCAACGCCUCCUCGCAGAGCAGCUGCUCCUACGGGGGCCUCUCCUCCUCCAGCAGCCUGACCCAGAACAGCUGCGUGGUCACCCAGCAGAUGGCGGGCAUGGGCAGCAGCUGCAGCCUCAUGCCCCAAGGCAGCGUCCCGCCAGCCGCCAACUGCAAUAUCAAGUCUCCCCAGAGCUGCGUGGUGGAGAGACCCCCGAGUAACCAGCAAGCCGCGGCGCAGCCUCCCCAGGCCCAGCAGCCCCAGCAGCCCCAGCCCCCCCCUCCGGCACAGCAGCAACAACAGCAGCAGCAGCAACAACAACAGCAGCAGCAGCAGCCGCCGCAGCAGCAACAACAGCAGCAGCAGCAGCAGCAGCAGCCGUCCCUGUCGCAGUGUAGCAUGAACAACAGUUUCACUCCGGCGCCGAUGAUCAUGGAGAUCCCGGAAUCGGGCAGCCCCGGCAACAUCAGCAUCUAUGAGAGGCUCCCCGGGGACUUUGGGGCCGGCGGUUACUCCCAGCCGUCGGCCACCUUCAGCUUGGCCAAGCUGCAGCAGCUGACCAACACCAUUAUGGACCCGCACGCCAUGCCUUACAGCCAUUCCUCCGCGGUGACAUCCUAUGCAACCAGCGUGUCUUUGUCGAACACGGGCCUGGCGCAGUUGGCCCCCUCGCACCCUCUGGCCGGAGCGGCCCAAGCACAAGCCACCAUGACCCCCCCGCCCAACCUGGCCCCCACCACCAUGAACCUGACCUCUCCCUUGCUCCAGUGCAACAUGUCCACCACCAACCUCGGCAUCCCUCACACCCAGCGGCUGCAAGGCCAGAUGCCGGUCAAGGGCCACAUCUCCAUCCGGUCGAAGUCGGCUCCGCUGCCCUCGGCCGCGGCCCACCAGCAGCAGCUCUACGGCCGCAGCCCUCCGGCGGUGGCCAUGCAGGCCAGUCCCCGGGCCCUGGCCGUCCAGCGGGGCAUGAAUAUGGGGGUGAACCUGAUGCCGGCCACCCCGUACAACGUCAACUCCAUGAACAUGAACACCCUGAACGCCAUGAACAGCUACCGGAUGCCUCAGCCCAUGAUGAACAGCAGCUACCACAGCAACCCGGCCUACAUGAACCAGACGGCCCAGUAUCCUAUGCAGAUGCAGAUGGGGAUGAUGGGUAGCCAGGCCUACCCCCAGCAGCCUAUGCAGCCCAACCCCCACGGGAACAUGAUGUACACGGGCCCCUCGCACCACAGCUACAUGAACGCCGCCGGCGUCCCCAAGCAGUCGCUCAACGGCCCCUACAUGAGGAGAUGAGCAGGACGAGGCCCCGCCCCUCGCCCCGCCCCUCGCCCCGCCCCAGAAACUUCUCGCUCAAUCAAGGAAACUUUUAUACUGACAGACGGGAAAAAAAAAAAAUCAGAGACAACGGACCUGUUUAAUUUUUUUUCUUCCCCCCCCCAAUUAAAUAUUGCUGUAGAUCUUAGAUAGGGUUUUUUCGUUCCCUUUCGGAUUAUUUUAAUUUUAAUUUUAUUAUUUUUUUAAAGGGGGCCUGGU